AGGAGAGAGGGAGAGAGAAAGAGAGGGAGGGAGAGAGAGAGAGAGAAACCUUGCACAGCUCUCACAUUACCGCAGUGGUAUGAAAGGAGGGAACCAGAGAGGUGAAUCAGGCUUUAAUCUAAGGGGGCGUCCCAGGGAGGGGUGUCAUCUCAGAAUUCCAGCUGACCGGUGGACAACUUCCACGCUCCAUCAGCAGUUUUCUUACAGUAAAAAUGGUGGGCAUUGCUGCCUCUUCAGCUGCUGCUGCCAUGGAGCACCUCGUGACGGAGCUGAAUGUCCUCCUGAAGCUGCUGGACCAUGAGACCUUAAGUUCUGCCACAGUGGAGAAGAAGAUGGCCGUCAGGAACUUGCUGAAACAGCUACACCCUUCAGUGAAUGGAACUGACUUCACAUACAUGAACACCUCCAUCUGCAGAAAUGGCACCAGCUUUGUGGAGUCCCUGUUCGAGGAGUUUGACUGUGACCUGCGAGACCUCAAGGAUGCAACAGACGAGCAAAAAGACGAGAGGGAAGAGGGAACACGGGAGGCGCCCCCCCCUAAAUCGAGCCCAGUAGACACACCACCCCCCUUGCCCACAACUCCACCUCCAGAAGAUUACUAUGAGGAGGCAGUGCCCCUCAGUCCGGGCAAGGCCCCCCAGUACAUCACCACACGGGGCAGCUCAAGCCCCCCCAAUUCCAUUGAUGGAUACUAUGAAGAUGCUGACAGCAACUACCCCAUUACCUGCAUUAAUGGUCAACAUAAGAAUUCUUAUAAUGACUCAGACGCUCUGAGCAGCUCCUACGAGUCCUACGAUGAGGAGGAGGAGGAGGCAAAGGCCCAGCGUCUAACUCACCAGUGGCCGUCGGAGGAAAACUCCAUGGGUCCCGUGAAGGACUGCCGCAUCUGUGCCUUCCUCCUGAAGAAGAAGAGGUUUGGCCAGUGGGCCAAGCAACUGACUGUCAUCCGAGAGAACAGGCUGUUGUGCUACAAGAGCUCCAAGGAUCACACGCCGUACAUGGACCUGCCCCUCAGCUUGUGCAGCGUCGUCUACGUGCCCAAGGACGGGCGUCGCAAGAAGCACGAGCUGCGCUUCUCACUGCCCGGCGGGGAGGCUCUAGUGUUGGCCGUGCAGAGCAAGGAGCAGGCGGAGGGCUGGCUCAGGAUCAUCCGGGAGGUCAGCAGCCCUGGUCCCAGCAGCGCCAGCUCCGACGCCUCCAGCUCACCCUCUAACGUCUACAAGACAGAACUGGACAAGAGACUGGCAGCUGAGAAGCAUACUUCUGAUUCAGACUUCAUGGCAACGGGAGACAUAUCCGCCCUCAACAGGGACAACCGUGAGCAUGGGAAGGCUAAGCGGGGUCCGCUGUCGGAACUCACGGGGUCGGUGAGUCGGGCCGCGGGGCGCAAGAUCACUCGCAUCAUCAGCUUCUCGAAGAAGAAGCCCCCGCAGCCUGAGGAGCCCCGCACCUCCUCGCCCGACGACGACGACCCUCGCAGCGGAUACCUGAGUGUGCUGAUGAACCAGUGCUGGAAGGAACGGUGGUGCAGUGUGCGCGGGGGGUCCCUGUACCUCCACCGAGACCGCGGUGACCAGCGCACCCACCUAAAUGCCAUUGCACUCCAUGGCUGUGAGGUCAUGCCCGGCCUGGGACCCAAGCACCCCUUUGCCUUCCGAAUCCUGCGGAGUGGCAACGAAGUAGCAGCAUUAGAGGCCAGCUGCUCGGAGGAGAUGGGCCGCUGGCUGGGGAUCCUCUUGGCCGGGACAGGUUGCUCCACAGAUCCGGAGUCCUUGCACUAUGACUACGUGGAUGUGGAGACCAUCGCCAACAUCCGCGAUGCUGCCCGCCACUCCUUCCUGUGGGCGACCGCAGACUCCAGGACCUACGACGAAGUUCCUUUUGAGAGCACACAGCCAGAAGAAGGGGUUUCUAAGCUAGGAGCUCAGGUGAAGCGUCACUCCUCAUUCUCCAGCAGAGAUACCCAGAAGGUCACCCCCUUGGUCACAGUCAAACGGCAUGGCUCCAAUGCAAAUCAGUACGGGAAGUAUGGAAAGACCCGUGCCGAGGAAGACGCGCGGAAGUACCUGAUGGAGAAGGAGACACUGGAAAAGGAGAGGGAUGCGAUCAGAAACAGCCUGCUCUCAUUGCGCAAAGAAAAGAGGGAAGCCAAGGAGGAGCUGAAGGGGGCUACGGGUAAACAGAAGAAGAUCUUGGAGGAGCGUGUGGCCCAGCUGGAGGAGGGCUGCCGGGGGAAAGAGGCAGACCGUGUGGAUCUGGAGCUCAAGCUGACGGAGGUGAAGGAGAACCUGAAGAAGUCGCUGGCAGGAGGAGUGCUGGGAGCUGCGGGGGACGUUAAGCAGGUGCCCAAGGGCGGCAAAGCCGACGGCCUCUACAGUGACUCGUCUUUACCAGUCAACUGCGCCUCCGAAAUGCGAAAGCGCCCCGCCUCCAUCUACGCCUCCACCAAGGGGAGCGUGAUGCAGAAGGCCAAGGAAUGGGAGCAGAAGAAGAGCACUUAAAGAAGGUUCUGGUCCGUAGGCAUUCGCACUGGAGGAUAAUGUAUCAUUGGUGAUAGGGGUGGACCCCUCCUAGAUACAGAUACAAACAGAAACACACAAACACACGAAUUAAAACACUUAAAAACUGCCCUCUUCUUCUGAUUGGGCGACUGAGAGAGUGACGUGCCAUGGAACCCGGGGAUGGUGCUACCCUGACACCACUUCAGGACCACCGCACACAUUACAGCUGGCUGGGUGUCAUAUUGGAGACACGCAGGGCGCAGUUAGCAGAUUACAGGAGGACUCCUGUUUAUGGAUAAGCAGUGAGACAGAUGGACCUGGGUGGAGGAAAUGUGUGAAGAUGAUAGAAAAGACACCACUUCAGUCAUCACUAAAGAGGAGAACAUGCGAAUACUGUGAGAUACUCAGCAAGAGGCUUUAAGUAAAGUAUUUUAAAGUAUUAUAUUGUUAUACUGCUGUAAAACAGGAGAGAAGACAGAUAUAUGUUUUGUAUGUUUUUAUUUUUAUUGUGCAAUGUUGUCAUUGUAACUAAAGGAAAAUGUGUAGUAAUAAAGUUAUUGAAGAUUGUCUAUGAAACGUCCUGGUCAGCAACCAAGCCGAGCAUGUCGCUGGAUCUUACGCAGGAAUACGUGAUGGCAGUGUGACAGACGCCAGGCGCUUCUGGACAUGGUCUCUUUCAGUUUGGGUUCAGCAAAUACUGAAUUAUGUUCACAUCUUAGGAAAGACAUUGUUAUCAUUUUGCAAGAGCUAACAAUGGUAAUUAUGUUACAGAGCUUAUAUUUUACGAGUAUUUCAACUGCAGUUUCUUAUUAACCCUUAUCUGGCCUUAGCACUUUAUUGUUUUUUCAUUAGACUUUUUUACAUGGAGACGGUGACGGGGAAAUAAAUAAAAAAAAACAUUAAAUUUGCAUUUUGUGCACCAAA